AUGACGGGACCAACGAUAACCCGUAAACCGCCUCAGUUGUAUUUUGUGUUCAAGAGAAAACACUAUUUGAAAGUCAACAGGAAAAUUGUUAGCAUGGUGGUGGUGCUGAAUGGUGUGCUCGCGGACGAGUGCCCGACGUCGGUGCGUGCGCUACUAAACGCGCACCCCGGCUACAGAGAUGCGGCCGCACAGCUCCUGGCGUCAGCCGCCCGAGUCGUGCCCUCUCCUGGAUUGCUUUAUGUUGUGCAGAGGGAGCUAGCCGCUGUGGUACCUCAUGACAAAAACGUCACCAUAAUAGGAUCUGACGAUGCGACAUCAUGUAUCAUUGUCGUUGUCAGACACGCAGGUUCGGGGGCAGUUGCCCUGGCACAUUUAGAUGGAUCCGGUACAGCAGAAGCUGCAGCAACAAUGGUCACACGCGUUCAGCAGCUGGCAGUGGGUUAUCCUGAGGGCAGGCUUGAAUUACAGUUGGUCGGCGGCUUCACGGAUCCACAUCGCUAUUCAGAUGAGCUGUUUGCUAAUAUUAUGUUAUCAUUCCACCGGCUGUCAGUUGAGAUCGACCUGACGCUGGCUUGUUGCUGCGAGCUGAACACGGCCCUGGGCACGGGCGCGGCCGCCCCGAUGGUGACGGGCGUCGGUGUGGACAUACGCGCCGGGGACCUCUUCCCUGCUACCUUCCCUGACAAGGGGCCUGAGCUGCCGCUGCGCGGCGCACGUACCAUCACCAGCGGUCCGCACUCUGGACAGGUUUUAGACAUAUACGACAACACGGUGGGCAUGCUCCGUAUUGGACCGUUCAACUACGAGCCGCUACGAGGCGUGGACCUGUGGCUGGAACAAUCUGACGAGUUCAUACUGCAACAUCUCAGUACCACACCCGCUGUCGAACCGCCACACUUUGUUCACAAUAUCCGAGUGACCCUCAAAUUCAUUCAGCAGCAUCCGUUCCCUGCGGUGACGGUGUUCCCGGACAACCGCGCACAUUACUACCGCCGCGACGAACAAACCGGCUGCUGGGUCGCCAUGCGCUUCUAG